AUGGCGUCAUCUAGCAGCACAUACCGGAGCUCGAGCUCUUCCGACGGCGGAAACCCAACUGACUCCGUCGUCGCCGUCGACGACCGAAAGCGUAAGAGAAUGCUAUCGAACCGUGAAUCCGCGCGUAGGUCAAGGAUGCGUAAACAGAAACACGUGGACGAUCUAACGGCUCAGAUUAAUCAGCUCUCAAACGACAACCGUCAGAUCUUGACGAGCCUCACCGUCACAACUCAGCUUUACAUGAAGAUCCAAGCCGAGAACUCUAUCUUGACCGCUCAGAUGUCGGAGCUGAGCACCAGGCUCGAGGCGUUGAACGAGAUCGUCGAUCUCGUGACUACCACCAACGAUCAGAUCGAUGAUCGUACGGUUGGGAUUAAUUGCGACGGAUAUUACGAUGAGAUGAUGAGCGGCGUUAAUCCUUGGGGUGGUUCCGUUUACUCUAACCAACCCAUCAUGGCUAAUGAUAUGAUGAAUAUGUAUUAAACUAAGGUUUAUUAUAAAAACUAUUAGUAUUAUUGCCCCCUUUUAUUUUAUUUUAAGUUUAGCCUUUUGUGUUUGGGUUGGUGUGAUGAUGUAAUUAUAGUACUACAUGCAUCUUGAUUGGUUGGAAGGAUAAAUAAACUUAUAUAUAUUGGGGCAUAUAUAUAGGCUAUCAUAUGUCAUGUAUUGGUGUGUUGCUAUUUUUGUUGAUUAAUAAUAUAA